AUGGUUGUUUAUUGUGGAAUCUGCAAUAGUGCUAUUACGUCUGCAGUUCCUGGAAUUAAAUGCAAUUACUGCACCAACCAUUUUCACAUCAAAGGUGUUGGUCACAGAAUUAUUAACGGGGAUCCUGCAAUCAAAGGUCAAUUUCCUUGGCAAGUUGGCCUAUAUGUUACCACCGAGGACGGUUUAUGGUUUUGUGGAGGCAGCAUAAUUAGCGAAGAAUGGAUUCUCACUGCCGCACACUGCACUAGAGGAGGUAUGUCUGCCCAAGUCGCUAGUGGUUCAAUACAUUUAGACCUAGCCACAAUUACAAACGCUUCUACUAUUAUCACUCAUGAAGAUUAUCGCCCUGAAUCAACGGCUAACGACAUCGGACUUGUCCAACUUGAUACACCAUUAAAGUUUGAUGAAAAUACAGCUGUUAUCAGCUUGGAUAAGGAAGAAGUUGCAGCUGAUGUACCUAUCACAAUUAGUGGCUGGGGACACACCCAUAAUGGUACUACUGAAUUAAGUGAAGUGUUGAACUACGUCCAAUUAGUUACUCUCUCGGACAGCGAUUGCAAGGGGUAUUUUGGUGAUUUAACUCCACCUGAAAUAGUUUGCGCUAAUUCUGCUACAUCUGAAGUUAAUAAGAGUUCAUAUGUAGGGGGACAGUGGGGUGCAGCAGUGGUUGAUGCUGCCGCAAACCCCGUUCAAGUGGCAAUGGUUAGUUUUAUAAGUUUCGUUGGAUGUGAAGCUGGUACACUUUCUGGGUAUACAAAAACUACGUACUUCAGAGAUUGGAUUAGAAGCAAAUCUGGAAUUUAA